AUGGCGUUGACUUUUACGAGCUCAGCUGAACCGUCGUUUGACUCUAUUAAUUUCUCCUAUGGACUCAGUAGACAACAAGAACGUAACAGGAAAAAGAAAUUAAGGAAGAAAGCUUCACUGAAGCGGCGUAGAGAGCUGAAAAACCAGCCGCAUUCGUUAAAUGGGGUUUCAGACUAUCCUAAUGGAGUGCAUGAAGACGAGGAAAGUGACCCUGAACCAGAGGAUGAAAUUAUUGAGUUUCAAUAUAAAGGACCGUUCGAACGCUUUAAGUUGGCUGAUGACGAGGCAGAUUCUGUUCCCUCUAAACCAGUAUCACAUACUGACAUCAAUCUGAAGGCUCGUACUGCCGCACUUCUUGCCGAAGAGGCUUCAGCAAAUGAAGCCAGGCGGCGUUUCCCGAGUCAAGAUCCUGAAUCGAAUAAAGGUUCACAGUCCAAAGUUGGUUCUGCAGGGGGUUUAGACUCAGGAUCUAAUGGGGUCGAGACACUAAGCAAGAAAAAGCUAAAGCGUCUCAACCGUCCUAGCGUUGCUGCACUUAAACAGAUGGUAGCACGUCCCGAUGUCAUCGAAAUGUGGGAUGUCUGUGCCAAAGAUCCACUUUUAUUAGCUUUCUUGAAGGCAUAUCGAAAUACUGUACCAGUCCCAAACAUUGGUGUGCAAAAAGAAAAUAUUUACAGGGUAAACGUGGUUUCGAGAAACCUCCUUUUCGCCUACCCGACUUCAUUGCUCGCACAGGGAUUAUGGAGAUGCGACAAACGGUACAAGACAAAGAUUCUGACAAAACAUUGA